AUGACUACAUUAGUGGAGCCAAAUACAUCGAUGGGUGAACGUAUCAAUUAUCUAUCAAACCAUUUAAUUGUUUUGCCAUUAAAUAUUCACGUCGAAUUAAACGAUGGUCGUUUUUCACUCACGAAUUUAAAUGAAAUUCGAAAACAUUCCGAUCUUAGUCUACUAUCAUCUUCAUUUUCUAAUAUAUUCAUUGAUGAAUUACUCUCAUGUGUCGAAUACUAUUGUCAUCAAGUAACUGAAUUAACAGAUUCGUUGCAUUUAGUCAUUCGAUCUUUACUAUCAAUAACCAAUCUUAGUCAAAUCAUGGAUGAUCUAUCUAGAGGUUCUCAAUUGUGUUUAGAUGUUAUUAAAAUCUAUCAUACCGAUCGAAUGCAAGCUGUUCAAUCUAUGCUAUCGAGCCCAUAUCGGGAAGACGCUUGGCAUUUUGUUUAUGAACUUGAUUCAACUAUAUUUAGUAAAUGUCGAAUAAUGUUAAUACGUCUACGAAUGUAUUUUCUUCUCAUGCAUCAAAUACUUUUCAAUGAUAUAAAACAAAAAUCUCCUAUGUCAAUAUCAAAUAAUUCUAAGCGCCGAAAACAUGUCGAUUUCAAUGUGUAA